UGUUGUGAAUGAACGGCAACAGUCUGCAAUUUGAACUCUUGAUCCAGUACUAAACAAAACAAACACUACUGUACACUGACUUCAAUAUGGAUGGAGCAAAUCGGGAUGAAGAAAAUAAUAAUGAAUCCAAUGGAAAUUCGUGGUGGGGCUCUUGGCCAGGUUGGCUUCAAACAGCAAAAGAAAAGUCUAGUAAUGCUUUAGAAUUCAUGAAAAGAGAUCUAACAGAGUUCACUCAAGUUGUUCAGACAGAUGCAGUAGCUGCAGUUUCGUCUACUGCAGCUAUGUUAAAAGAAAAAUUAACAGUUGAUAAUGCUGAAGCAGUAGCUGAUAAAGCUCGACAGUCUAUAACUUCAGUGAUAGGAACUAUUGCUGAUGUAUUUGCUCCACAAAAAGAAUUAGAAGACUCUGAGCUUAUGAUCAUAAAGGAUUCAGAACCUGUGACUAUGGAUUGGUGGCAGUCACAGCUGUAUAUGAUUCGAAAAGAUCCUAAAACCUUUUGUCAUGAGCCAGAAGGACCUCCAGAGAUGUAUGAAAAUUGGCUGGAAUCUUUUGAUCCCAGUGAACAUCAAGAAGAAAUGACUGAAAUUAUGAUAACAUGUUCUGAAGUGCGGGAUAUUUAUGAUAAGCUUGUUCCUACGUCAGUCUCUCAUUUAGAAUUUUGGCAAAGAUAUUUUUAUAGAGUUCAUCUACUGCGAAAAGCUGAAGCUAAAAGAGCAGAUUUAAUGAGACGUGCUGAACAGAUAUCUAUUGAAGAUAUUGAAUGGGAUAAAGAUAGUGAAAUGGAUACUAAAUACCUUGGAUCAACUCGUAGUGGACAAAACUUGUUAGAGAGUAUUUCAACACAGGAUAACAAAUCAGUUAUUGCUGGAAGAAGAAUUGAUAAUAGUGAUGCGAAUCAAAACCAAGCGGAAUUUAGCAGUGGGAUGACAUUAGAAAGUAAUAAAUCUAAUGAGACAAUUGAAAACAAAGAAACUGAUUUAAAAACUACUAAAAGUGAUAAUCCUGUUGAAGGAUCCGAUAAAAUGGACAAUACUGUAGCUUCAAAUGUGAAUGAUAUUACAGAUAUCUCAAGUGAUCCACCUUCAUCAGAUAGUGCAGAUGGAAGUAGAUUAUCUCCAAUUGAUUCUCUUGGAAAAGAUUCUAGUACAGGAGAUGAAUGGGAGAAAGAUUUUGAUUUAGAAAUAAAUGAGAAUGAUCUGAAAAACUUGAACAUUUCCUCAAAUCAAGAUUCCCAUAAAGAAGAAGAAGAUGACUGGGAGAAGUGGCAGUGAAUCUGUAUCAUAUACAAAUACUUAUGUUGUAAAACUAUAUAUCCAUAUAUAUAUUAUACUUAGAAAUUAUAAAUGGAAAAAAAUAUAUGUGAUUUGUAUUUUACAA